AGCUUUAGAUCUCAGUGAGAAACUGUAAAACCAGAAACACUAAUAGAAGCACAGGAAGGAAUAAAUUGUUCUAAUCAUGCUAAUUCUGGUGUCAAUGGGUUUUAGGAGUGAUGCUAAGGUAUGGGUAGCGAAUCAAUACUGGGAGGCUGAUCCACUGUCUUUGAUUCAUCAGAGCUAUUCUGACAAACAUCGAUUGAGCUCCUGUUGGUUUCUGUUUCCCAGGGAUUACUCCGAGUAUUAUAAUGAGUGUGAAUUGAUUUAUAAAUGCCAGUGAUUGGCUGGUGUCUCACAAACCUGUCCGCAAAGGCAUCGCUUUAUCUUUUACAGUAAGAAGCACCUGCCUUACUUGCAGCAUUCACUGAUUCGCAUUGAGUCUCAAUAGUCAUUUUGGCCUUGUGUGCUUGACAGGUAUAUUUUUGUCUGACAUUUCAUAAUAACUUUUGCCAGUUGUGAAAAGGUCCACUUAAGUAUUGAGGUGAGGGAUCAUUGGAGUCUUCAGCAAACUUGCACUUAAGCAUACUACACAUUCACACACGUCCACCCACGCACUCAAUCGCUCAGUUUUGAUUGUCUGAGGUUCUCCUUUAAAGCUGAAGAAAAAUACAGAAAUUAAGCGGUGUAUAGAGAAGAGGACUCUUUGGUCUGACUCUAUCAAACUUCUGCAACCCAAGUUGAAGAUAACAGCCAUCGCGCACUCUGCUAAUAGCCCCACUUCAAAACUCCUCUGCUCAGAUCUCACCUGCAGCUUAUUCACACAGUCUUCUCAGAAGACGAGAAUAAUGAACACAGAAAAGCCUAACAUCGAGAGGCUGGUUGUGAAUAGAAAAAGGAGGAGUGAUCUGGUGAUGCUGUUUUCUGUGAGUCGGGUUAAUGCUUUGGUGUACAGUUAUUAUUCUCAUUAGAGGCUGUCCACUUGCCUAUUCUGCUGUUGUGGCAGAGAUUAGAGUUGUUUCUCUUUGACCGUUUCUGCACUGAGGGAGGCGGGGAGAGAAAGAUAGAGAAGGAGUUUCAAGCCAACAGAACACUUGGCAGCAUAAACAUGGGACCUGUGUUCUGCGCUAUGACCUUGUUUGCUGACGUGUCAGACCUAUUUUUCCACUCCAGAAAAAAUGCUCGAUUGCCACAAGGCAAUGGGAGUACUCGUUUUGCUGCUAAUCGCUUGGCUCCUCUGGGUCUCUGUGUUGUUGUAAGGAUGUUUGUGCAUGAGAGUAAAAGCCAGGAUUGUUAUUAGAGACGCUACUAAAUGGGCUCCCCCACUCUCAUGAACACUGCUGGUCUAAAUAUAGAUUUACAUAACAAUAACAGCAAAAUCGCACUGUUACAAUCACAAAAAGGUUUCUUCCUGUUAAAAGAAAGUUUUUCCUUUCCACUGUGUCACCACAUGCUUGCUUUAGAGGGUCAUCUGAUUGUUGAGGUUUUUCUUUCUAAUGCAUAUGUUUCCUCUUAUAAUAUAAAGUAAGUUGAGGCAACUGUUGUUGUGAUUUUGUGCUAUAUUAAUAUUAAUAAUUGAAAUUGAAAGUAUUGCAUUCAAUGUUUUGUUUUAUAAAGGCUCAUUUUGGCUCAGUUUGAAUCCUGAUACAUGAAGUAAUUUGUGUCACACUAAAAAGCUAAUUACACUGGAGUGAAUGUGCAUGUUGUUUUCACAUUGCAGCUAAAUUGAAUAUUCAGUUAAGUGGUAAAUAAUAAACAGCUAAUAUGGUAAAAAGUUAUCGAAUGUCAACAUUACUGGUUUCAGAUGUUAUAUUGCUAAGUCCUGUAUGAUAUUAAUUUCAAUUAAAUAAAUGACUCAUUUUUGUAGCAUUUUGGAAUUAUUGUAUGAAGGAACAGCAGGUACAGUAACCUCACGGCUGACUUGAACCAAAGGUGUAGCCAACUGGCCACUUAACCGCAACGUCAGCUGGUUAAAAAUCACAUUUUAGCCCAUUUUCUCCAUUUAUUGUGUCCCAGAUUUUUGUUAUUUGGAAUAUAUAUAAUGAAGAAAGAAUCGGAAUUUGAAUUAGAAGUGUUAUAGGUAUGUAUUUAUCUAAGGUUAGUUUAAAAAGUUAUCAAAUCGUAUCACUUGAACACCUCUUCACAUUAUAGUUCAAACCAAGUUUCUGGCCUUGUUAUACAACUGUAUUUAUGUAUAAUAAAACUUAAUCCUAUAUGACUACUUUAUCUUAAAAGGGCUUCUCUUAUGAAUUCCAAAUAUACACAGUGUACUGCUGAUGUUAUUGCUGCUGUUAUACAAAUAAACGACACUCACUCUAUUACAAAGAUGCUGUAUGAAAAUAAGCUACCAUGUCAUUUCUUUUCAUUUACUAUGUUUACUCAAGAUUCAACACUUCUUGGAGUACCAAGAACAACUCGCCAAGCCUUCCUGUAAGGAGGUGGUGCAGGAAAAGAACGACAGAUAUCCCUUUAGAUUUCUGAUUUGCCCUACGUAUUGUUACAUUAUAAUGCUGCAGGGCGUGACUGACUGCAUGUCCAGUCCUAAAAAGAGCAGUAUUGUCCUUGUGACAUACAUCAGUCACUUGAAUGCCACUGUUGACCUAUAUAUGAAGGCCUGGGUCAAAGGAGAGACAGGCUGGCCAGAGCACACAGGAGAUAUCUUGUUUAAUGAACCUUAAUGUGGCAUGCAUCAGACUGUGGCACACAAAUAUAACCAAGAGGAAGACACAAUUUGUGCGCUACUUUGGUGAAAACUGAGCAUAAACAGUUGUGUGUCUUGCAUUGUUUCUGAUUGUAUAAUCCAGACCAAUGCACUGUGCGUUCUCUGGCUUCAUUCAAAGCCAGUGAACGCACUUACUAAUUAGAUUCAUGUACAUUUUGACAGUAGAAGACAGAAAAACAUGGACCAGCUCCUCGAAGGGGGAAGGGGAACGAUGCAGAAGAUUUAGUGCAACUCUAAGUCCUAUUAUCUAUGCCUUGAUGACUCCUCUGGUGCAAUAAUCAAUGCAGGCUGACUGGCACCAGGGACACAGGGUCCACUACAGGAAGAGGAUAUCUUCAAACCAUCCAUUAUGGAUGAGAGAAGAAGUGAAGGGAUGGAGAAAACAGGAGAUGAUAGAUGUGGAUAGGGCUAAAGGAGAGGGAGAAGAAUGUGGAAAACAGGAUGAGGAAGCGGGAAAAAGAGAAAGUAAACAACAUGAGGAAGAGCUCAUUCAGAGUGGGUGAGUGGAUGAGGCAUAAGGUGGAGAUUGCAGCCACUGAAUGUGCCAUGGCUUCUGUUUAUUUUUUUAUUUCUUUGCUGCACUUGCUCCCUCUGUGAAGCUGGUUCAUGCUGUUCUUCCAGUGUGACUGCAAAGUUUAUGUCCAGCUGUGGGAAUGGACGCAGCCCUCACAGGUAUCAAAAUUAAAUUGUCUUCUUCCCUCCCUCCCACAGCAUGCCACCACCUUUGCAGCAAACAUUUUGUUUGUAACAACUGUUCUUUCUUCCCCCCUCACAGCUGCAUCCUCCCCCGUGGUACAUGCUCUAGUCUUCCUCCUCUUUCUUCCUUGUUGUGGUAAUUUUGUCCUUCUUGCUGUGGCUGCCGUACCUUCUGGCCACACACACCAAUAUCAGCCCGAAAUAUCACUGCAAAAACACUCCACAAACAGCCCCUCCUCCAAACAGCCCCUCCUCUCCUGCAUCCUCCUCCUUUUCCACUGUGAUGUGAGGUCACAGCUGGGGAGCCCUUUGAUUUGAAAGCUCAGUGUUUAUGUGAUAAUACAUUUGUGUAUGCGAUGGAGGGGGCUUCUGCGCUGCUGAGUGCCUGUGAUAGAAGGGGUCCAGAAUGCCAUGACAGCGGUUGCUAGCCAGCACUAGCAGUUUAUCCUCAGGCAUACUGUAGCAGGGAUAUAUACAGCCGGCCUCACUGCUGCCAACUCAAGCUAACAGGACUGUACCUGCAAGCGUGUUGGGGUCUCUGUGUGCCUCAGAGCUGUGCGCUCUAGAACAGAGGAAAAACAAGCAGUCCUGCUAAUGUUCCAUCAACUGAGCUUCUGGCUCUAACCCCACCAGGUGGUCCUCAAUUCAACAUCAUGUUGCACCUCACCCUGCUGCUCCAUCUCCUGGUCCUUUCAUGCAGCUGUUCGGGUGCGUCUGUCAUUGGGGAGGUACCUGACUUUUAUGGAGAUGAAGUCACAGGUUACGGACCAGUGUUUGAGGAGCAGCCGGUGGAUACCAUCUACCCUGAGGAGUCACCCGAGGCCAAAAUUACCAUGAACUGCCGGGCUAGAGCCAAUCCACCUGCCACAUACAAGUGGAAGCUGGACGGCAUGGAAAUUGACUUGGAUGCAGGGGGUAGUCACUACAGUUUAGUAGGAGGAAACUUGGUCAUCAGCAAGCCUGAUAAGACUGAACAUGUGGGUCAAUACUCCUGUUUGGCUACCAACACAUAUGGCACGGUCGUAAGCAGAGAGGCCUCUGUCCAGUUUGGAUAUCUCGAUCUUUUCUCAUCGGAGGAGAGGUCGUCAGUGUAUGUCAAAGAGGGACAGGGGGCCGUGUUGCUCUGCGCUCCCCCACCGCAUUAUCCAGCCGAGCUGUCAUUCCGCUGGAUCCUCAAUGAAUUCCCGACCUUCAUCAUACCGGACAAGCGACGUUUUGUCUCCCAGAUAACAGGCAACCUCUAUAUCUCUAAGGUGGACUCCUCGGACAGAGGAAAUUACUCCUGCAUCGCCUCAAGCCCGUCUAUUUCCAAGAGUGUCUUCUCCAACUACAUCCCCCUCGAGCCUCAGACUGAACGUCCUAUCAGGAAAUACCCGGCUGACCUAAGAGUCAAGUUCCCUGACACCACUGCUUUGGUGGGGCAGAAUGUCACCCUGGAGUGCUUUGCUUUGGGGAAUCCUGUCCCUGAGAUCCGCUGGAAGAAGAUAGACGGACAUCUGCCGUCAAACCACGAGGUGCGUAUGACGGGGACUCAACUGCAUCUGUACAACGUGCAAUUUGAAGAUGGUGGCACCUAUAAGUGUGAGGCGAUAAACUCGAAAGGAAAGGACUACCACACCGCUCGCGUGUCUGUGGAAGCUUUUCCAGAGUGGGUGGAGCACAUCCGUAGCACUGAAAUAGACCUCAGGAGCGACUACACCAUGUCCUGCAAAGCCAGUGGCAAGCCUAAUCCACACAUCCGCUGGCUGAAAAACGGAGAACCGGUUGACAGGAAAGAGAUGAGAUUCAGCAGCUUGACAUUUGAUGAUUCAGGGAUGUACCAGUGCAUAGCAGAAAAUCGUCACGGAGUCAUUUAUGCCAACGCAGAGUUGCGUGUCUUUGACUGUGCUCCCACAUUUGAACACAACCCAGUGAAAAGAGUGCUGGCAGCCAAAAAUGGCCGGGUGGUGAUUGAGUGUCGACCCAGAGCGGCCCCAAAGCCCGCCUUCUCCUGGAGCAAAGACACUGAGCUGCUUUCCAACUCUACCAGGGUGUUCAUCUGGGAGGAUGGAAGCCUGGAGAUCCUCAAUGUGACACGAGCAGAUGAAGGCAGAUACACCUGCUUUGCAGAGAAUGACCGGGGCAAGGCCAAUAGCACCGGCGACCUGUUGGUUAUGGACUCUACGAAGAUCACCUUGGCACCAUCUAAUACUGACGUUAAAGUGGGAGAGAAUACCUCGAUGCAGUGCGCAGCAUCACACGAUCAGUCUCUAGAUAUCACCUUCAUCUGGUCCCUAGAUGGCCGAGUCAUUGACCUGCACAUAGACAGCCAACAUUACGAACGCACCACAAAUGGAAGCUCGAAUGGCGAGCUGCUCAUCAAGAAUGUUCAGCUGAAACAUGCGGGACAGUACACCUGCACCGCACAGACCCCUGUGGACAAUAUCACUGCUUCUGCCCACCUGGUUGUCAGGGGUCCUCCUGGUGCUCCAGGUGGGGUGCGAAUAAUAGAAAAAACAGACAAAAGUGUAACGUUGCAGUGGAGCCGUGGUGCAGACAACCACAGUCCGAUCUCCAAAUAUAUCAUCCAGUACAAGGACCAGUUCUCAAACGAUGUCUGGAAGAAUGCCACUACAUUUCCCGUUAAUGUAGAGGGGAACGCAGAGAUGACCACAGUGGUGGACUUGAUUCCCUGGACAGACUAUGAGUUCAGGGUCAUUGCUACUAACACUCUGGGAACAGGAGACCCAAGCAACCCAUCGCCUAUUGUUAAAACGCUGGAAGCAGUUCCUGUGGUGGCGCCCUCAGAUGUUGGCGGGGGUGGAGGGGCUAGCAGAGAACUGACCAUCACAUGGACGCCUGUGAAGCCAGAGUACUACUAUGGGCCUAAUUUUGGCUACAUUGUGGCCUUCAAGCCCCAAGAUGAGCAAGAGUGGAAACGGGUGGCAGUAGCCGAUCCCCAGGCCAGGCGCUACGUCCACAAAGCCUCUGACAUCCCACCUUUGACAGAGUUUCAAGUCAAAGUCAAAGCGUUUAACGUCCAGGGAGAAGGACCCUACAGCCUAACAGCCAUCAUCUAUUCUGCACAAGACGCUCCAUCUGAAGCUCCUGCAGUUGUUGAAGCCAGAGCUCUCUCUGCCAAAGCUGCCACUGUGUCCUGGAUGCCCCUCUCAUAUAAUAAUUUAGAUGGAUACCAGGUGAAGUACUGGGAAUCUGGUCAAAGUGAAGGGCAGGCCGAGACGAUUGCCGUGUCUAGCAGGGAGAACCACACUAAACUAGAAAACCUGAGACCUUACACAGAGUACAUUAUUGAGGUUCGAGGCUACAACUCUGCAGGAUAUGGGCCACCCAGCCACCACUUCCGGGUCCUAACCAAGAAACCCCCACCAGACCGAGCCCCCAAAAUAAUAGCUAAAAAAGUGAAGGGCCAGUCAAUAAAUAUUGCCUGGGAACAAGUGGAACCGAUGGCUAAUGAGUCCUCAAUAGAAGGGUACCGAGUACUAUACAGGCCAGAGGGCCAAACCACAGGCACUCUGUACAACACCUACAAGCGAAACAUUGAUCUUCCCCUACCUCCAAAUGGGAACUAUGUGGUGGAGGUCCGGGCACACACAGAAGGAGGAGAUGGGGCUACGACCACAGUCCAGAUCACAGGUGGGGGUGUCUCGGCCGCCCAGUCUCUCAGCGUACUCUCCCUGCUCUUUGUGGCUCUCCUCUGCCUGAACCUCUGAAUGUAGCGCCAUCUUUGUCUUCACUUCCUGUGAAGGAGACUCCUGCAAGGACUUUGAGCCUCUUUCCACAAUCUUUCAGUUCCGCCCUGUAAUCUGGGAUGCCAUGUUCUGGCUCUUUCCUCUGGAAUACGUUUGUGGAAACGGACACAGAAAUGGAAAAAUUGGAAAAAGGACAAAGACAUUCCUUAUUUAUCCACAAAAAUGGCCUCUUUGGAGAAGAGUCAAAGGAGUUCUGUCAACUUUAAAAAUAUGCCUUAUAUAAAUGACUGCACUUAUCCUUCACAGCAACUUGUUUUAAAACGUUCUGGAAGUGCAAACGCUGCACUUUUGAUAGGCUGGCUGUUUGGUCAUUUUAAAUCACAACGCUGUUCUUUCUUAUUAUAAAGAUGCUGUAUGUUUGGUCUGUGACGUUCUGGAAAAUUCUUCCUACAGUGCAUUCCAUAAUAUAAGGUAAACAAGUAACUGUGAAGGGUAAGUGUAUGAGUUUAUAAAAAAAUAUCUUCAUGUGUUUCAUGGCUUGCUGUUCGGUGGAAUUUUUUUUUUCUUAAAUUAAGCACACCCUCUGUUAACGAGAUACAGUCAAAUCAAAUCUCAACCGCCUGCAUCCUUUCAGACGCAGGUAGAGAAAUGAGCAGAUGAUGCCAUGAUGAAAAGUAAUCAGUAAUUGAUAUUGUUUUACUGUCUAGUAUAACAAGGUUUUUUAAAGAGAAGUGGAUUGGUUUAACCAUGCAAUUGCUGCUUACCUCCAAACCGUAACAUAAGCUUUACUAAUACCUGUGCGCAUGUUGAUGAAGAGACGAUUGAAAUGGCUCAGAGUGUUCUGAUUCUGGCACAUUUAUACCCAAAUACAGAAUCCAUUGGAACCAACCCACAGCAGCAGGAAGUUCCAACAACGUCUAAAGGAAGUUUAAAAUGUAAAACUGCGGCGAACAGUGUGUGACUGUGAUGAAGGCUUUGCAGAAACAUUUAGAUUGAUGUUCAACCGAGACUGAAAGACAUCGCCCGUGAUCUAAACUAAAUCUACUUUGUUUUGACUGUAUCAUUAGGACCUCAGUGGUACCACCUGGUGCUUUGUAAACGAAUGUUGGCAUUUUAUUUAAUGUGAUCAGUUUCAUUUAAUAUCUCUCAUUUAUGGCUUUGAGUGCGAGUCCCUAUUAACAGUGAGAGUGAAUGGUAGCGACGCUCAUGCCCUCCUAUAAUUGUGCAAUGUCUGAAUUACCUGUGGCUACUUUAUAUUUUCUAACAGGAUCAUUGCAUUAGCACCUGUUUUCAUUCUCUAAAAAUCAGAAGGUAAGCAAAGCCAUCCGAGUCAGCUGUAAGAGCUCAUCCAAAGCUCACGAUGUUAUUCUGAAUACAUUUUUUGUCUUUUUAUUAACAUAUGAUCAGAGAUAUAUAAACAUUGUCAUUUUUUUUGUUUUUUAAUAUUAUAUUUGUAUGUCUCCGCCCAGCUCUGGUUGGACAGUUUCAGAGUUUAUUUCUCUCAACUGGAGGAGCAAACGGUACAUUUUGAGUUCCUCUGAUUUCUCUCUUGUGUGACUGACGUUGGUCAUGCUUCUUACAUUGUGACGAUAUCAAUGUCCACCACAAAGUGCUUUUUCCUGACUUUUCUUCAUGCCACAAAACAUAAAAAAAAGAGUUGCCAAAUGCAUGAAUGCCUUGAACUUUGACAUUUUUGGAAGAAGCAGCAGCUCAAAAUUAUAACAUGCAUGAGAUUGGAGAGCAAGUGGUACAUUACUUUGCAACACUUCCACAUCAUAGCGACUUCUCGGCCUCUCGGCUUCAUGUGAAACACAUUCCAUACCUGAGUGGCAUCCCUUUACGUCAGAGAAGGAGUAGAUCCUAGACUAAUAUGUUCGUUAGCUGCUAAGCGAGAGAGAAAAUCUUAAACUGACUAAAGGAAUCUCACUCAUUUGAGUUCAGAAGUGGUCCCGCAGUCUGGUACAUGCAAUGGCUGCGAUUUGAUAGUAUCAUUGGUGGCUGUGGCAGCAUGUUUGGCUGCCUCCUGGAAUUCAGUGCUUCGUUGGACAUGAAUGGCAUAUAUGAGGGAUGAAACUGAAACCUCUCAUUGGCUGGACAAGGAACAAUAAAAGUGUAGUUAACUAUA